AUGGCCAAUUCCCAACAUCUCAUCUCACUGAAAUUAGGAACCCCGAACACCGCAGAAUUCGAUAUGGUUCUCCAAUAUGAUCUGGUCAUUGUCAAUGCAGUUGCGAAUGGAAAAAUAUGCGCUCUUGUUGAUUCCUUUACCAACGAAGAGUUGGCUGGAGCAGAACUGAUUGAUGCCGAGUACGUGGAGCCAUCCUCGCUACGAAAGAAAAAAAAACCAUUUGUCUAA